AUGCAUCUUAAUUUAACAUGUAAUCAAAACACGAUAAUCAAACAACCUACAAUUAUAUUAGCAAUUUACCACAAUAAUUCAUCAUCCACAGAAACUCAAUGUCUCGCUAAAUGCUUUCCAACACUUCGAACGACAUCUAAAUUAGACUUACGAAUUAAAAGUUAUGACAAUAAUCGUCGGGAGAUAAAACAACUUUCCAACGCUUCAAAUUGGGUCUCGUUCCGAGUUACGAAACUCAAGUUACGACAAAAAUCAGCAUUUCAGCACUAUUACUCUUCGUUGAGCGAAGCCUUGCUCGCUAAGCGAAGUAUUUUCACUAAGCGGACUCGUUUAGACCUGCAAAAUGUAGAAUUGCAAAUUUCGCUGUUGGAGGCCUUCCAGGUCUCUGAUUUCGAUUCCGAUGAAACGUUCGAAAUUGGGAAAGAGAUAUAUCGUGGACAGCAAUACAGUCAAAUUUACUUCGCUCGUCUUCGCUUGAUGAGAACUCUCUUGUACUCCCUUGUUUCCCAAUGGAAACCUAAUUCUCCUGUGUGCACGGUGUUGGGACUGGAAGAGGGCAAGGAGUGUGUUGUUGUUGGGACACUGUUUAAAAACAUGAAAUUGAAACCUUGCAUACUUGAUGAGUAUUCUAAAGAGAGAUCGGUUGUCCCGCUUGUCAAGCCGCAUAACUUUGUGGACAAAGAUGAUUAUCUUGUUUUGGAAGAUGAAAGUGGAAGAGUUAAGCUUGGUGGGAAUAUUAUUGUACCAUCUGUCUAUGUAACAGAUAUGCAUAAUCGAAUGAGGGAGCUCUACGAUUGGAACGAUGUUGCCAAAAGGACUGAAAUUGUGUAUGACCGUGCUUUGAAGUGUUCCAAUCAAAAUCUAUUAGAGCGUCUCUCACGCUAUUGGAAAUAUGGCAGCCUGCAGAGUACCAUGCAUCUAGAUGUUGGGUGUGAACAAUGUGGUAGACCAAGUACCACCAAAUGUUCACGAUGCAAAUCUGUCAGAUACUGCUCUACAAAGUGUUUGAUUACCAACUGGAGAUGGCAUAAAUAUAAUUGCAUUGCAGGAGAUGUCAAUUCAGCUCAACCAGAAACACCUACUGGAAACGUUGAAUUGCUCAAGAAUUCAAAUGAAGAGAAAGAGAAUAUUCAUUCACCUAGGCCACUCUAUUUGGAGCUUCAUCCUGUUACUACUACUAAGGAACCACAAGUGCAUAAAACUCAAUGGGAGAAACACCUUGAAGAUGAACUAGUAAAGUCUAGGAAAGAGAAUUCCGAACUUCGGUCAGAGCGUGACGAGUGGAAGAAGCGAGCGAGUUUCGCUAGAGAAAGAUUUCGAAGUUUCAAGGAAGAAUCUGAAAAACAAGUAGUUUAUCACAUAAUAACUUGCGCUUCAGCAAUUGAAUCAAUUGAGAACUUCAUGACAGCAUUUACUUGUUUGUUUCUUCUUAUAGUUGUCUGUGUUGAGAAAUGAAAAUGAGUCAAUUACAAAUGCUGAGAAGAAAGCUU